AUGGAUUUUCUUUUACGUAUAAGUUUUUCUUUGGAACGAUUUCCGGCAAAGAAAAAGAGCUUUUUCAAAGAGCUUGAUUUCAUUUUGUAUCUAUCUAUCUAUCUAUCUAUCUAUCUAUCUAUCUAUCUAUCUAUCUAUCUAUCUCAGUCUCGUCAUUAUCUAUCUAUCAAUGCUAGUACAAAUGUAUUUCAGUCUGUUCAUGUCUAUCUAUCUAUCUAUCUAUCUAUCUAUCUAUCUAUCUAUCUAUCUUACACAUCUGUUCAUAUCUAUCUAUCUAUCUAUCUAUCUAUCUAUCUAUCUAUCUAUCUAUCUAUCUCAGCCUCUUCAUUAUCUAUCUAUCUAUCCUUCCCAGGCUCUUCAUUAUCUCUCUAUCUACCGAUAUAUAUAUAUAUAUAUAUAUAUAUAUAUAUAUAUAUAUAUAUAUAUAUAUAUAUAUCACUCUCUUCGCCAUCUAUCUCUAUCAAUACCUGUGCAUGUGUAUCUAAGUCUGUUCAUAUCUAUCUAUCUAUCUAUCUAUCUAUCUAUCUAUCUAUCUAUCAGGACAACAUUCUACAUAUAUCACCACCGUGUGGAUGUUGUUAA